CGUGGAGCGAGGAGAGGCCGUUGGAUAGUAGCGGCUGACGCCGAAAAUGACGCAAAUGAUUGGUGGGUCACUUGUUUUUGAAGAGGAGGGUAACAGAGUGUGGCGGUACCGUAAGUUUGUCGGAUUUGGAUGACCAAAUUCGUCAAAGGCGAUAUUCUCUCGAGGUCAUCCUUCAAGCAAAAGGAUUGCCUCAAAGUGGGUGUCUCACUCGGACAAGGAACAAAAGGACAAGAAAACCCAUAAAGGACGCCAUGUUUAUUCAGAUUUCCGGGUAUCUAAACACUCCUUCUCUGUCUCCCCCUGCUCUGCUCUGCUCUGCUCUGCUUCCCCACUCUCCUUCUCUCUCUCUCUCUCUCUCUCAGGAAGAAGAAGAAGAAGAAGAAGAAGAAGAAGAAGAAGAAGAUGGUGUCUCUGGUUUUCUUCUUUCUAUUCCUCUCCUGCGUUGUCUUCUUGCCCACGACAGACUGCAUCACUUCUCCCAUUGAUAUAGAAGCUCUGAAGCAGAUAAAGAAGGCCAUCGACCCCGCGUCAAUCCCUCAGGGUUCUUGCAUCAGCUCCUGGGACUUCUCCGUCGACCCCUGCGACAAUCUCAACGGCCAACGAUUCACUUGCGGAUUCCGAUGCGACGACCAAACGUCGUCGUCCUUUUCCGGCCACAGGAGGGUUACCGAGAUCACCCUCGAGACUGCCGAGUACUCGGGCACGCUCUCUCCGGCCGUCGGGAACCUUAGGCACCUCACCGCCCUCCAGCUCUCCCCGAACUCCUUCAAUGGCUCCAUUCCUGCGUCCAUCGGAAACCUCCCGAGCCUUCGAUUCUUAACCCUCUCUACCAACUCCUUUUCCGGCGCUAUUCCUCCGGAGCUCGGCCGUCUAGCUCUGCUUGAAGAACUUUACCUCGACAACAACCAACUCACAGGAGCUGUGCCGCCCACGUUUUCCGGGCUCAAGUCCCUACGGAGACUCGAGCUCCAAGGGAACAACCUCUCCGGUCACUUUCCCGACCUGACAAGCCUACAGAACCUCAAUUUCUUACAUGCAAGCGAUAAUCAGUUCACCGGAGCAUUCCCGGAGUCCCUACCGGCUUCGCUGGUGGACAUCUCUAUGCGAAACAACCAAUUAGAAGGCAGUAUUCCGAUGACGAUCGGGAACCUGAAGUACCUCCAGGUGAUGGAUCUCAGCCAGAAUCGUCUCUCCGGCUGGGUCCCGGCGACCCUGUUCGAGCACCCAUCUCUGCAGCAGGUCACCCUCUCCUUCAACCAAUUCUGGGGACUCCAAAUCCCGCCGAGCUAUGGCAGCAAGAGCGAGCUCAUUGCUCUGGACUUGAAGAACAAUCGCUUGUCCGGCUUUUUGCCCCUGUUCCUGGCGGCGAUGCCGAAGCUCUCGGCGCUGUCGCUGGAGAACAACAUGCUCACUGGAAUGAUACCGCCGGCUUACGGGGUGAAGGUGAUGGCGGCGCCAGGGGAGAUGGGAGUACAGCCGUUUGCGAGGCUGAUGUUGGCCGGGAACUACCUGUUCGGGCCGAUACCCAUGGGAUUGCUGAGCGUGAAGCCAGGGGAUGUGGCCGUCAGCUUGGCGGAUAAUUGCCUGUUCAGGUGCCCGAACGCCUUCUUCUUCUGUCAGGGCGUCCGGCAGAAACCGCUCGCGGCUUGCCGGAGCUUCAAUCCGGGAAUCCCUGAGGCAUAAAGACUGCCCCCUGAAAUCCUUUUUUCUUUUUCUUUCCUUUUUUCCCCUCAACUGACUAUAUGGUUCGGUUGGUCUUGUAUAUGGUUUGUUAAAAUGGGAAGGAUACGAGUUGGCUUCUCCUA